UUUGAGAAACAAUAAUAUGACUGGUAAAUUGUCAGAUUGGUUAGUGAACUUCAAGAGAUUAGAUACUCUUGAUCUUGGCCAUAAUUCAUUGAAUGGUUUGAUUCCGGCAUCGAUUGGGAAGCUAUCGGCAUUGAAAUAUCUCAUGCUUACUGCUAAUGGCUUUAAUGGGACUCUGCCAGAGAGUAUUGGCCAGCUUUCCGGGCUUAUUUUGCUUGAUCUUUCUUUUAAUUCAUUGAAUGGAGUUGUUUCAGAUGUUCACUUUGCUAACCUUUCAAAGCUCGAACAAUUGAGCUUAGCUUCAACAUCCCUUGCCGUCAGAAUGAGCUCAUCUUGGACUCCUCCCUUCCAGCUGACGAUAAUCAGUUUGCGGCUUUGCAGACUCGGCCCAGAAUUUCCUUCGUGGCUCCGAACGCAGAAGGAUUACACUGUAAUGGAUUUGUCGAGUAGUGAGAUUGAAGAUGUAGCUCCUAAUUGGAUAUGGAACUUAUCAGAAAAAAUUUUGUUGCUUGAUCUCUCUCACAAUCUGAUUUCAGGAAACCUCCCUGCAACUUUGGAGUUUGCUAGUGUUUCGAUCCUGGAUUUGAGUAAUAACAAAUUCGAAGGUCCGUUGCCUACUUUCUCUUCGAGCAUGGAAUAUUUGGAUCUAUCAAACAAUAUGCUUACUGGCAGCAUUCUUCCAUUCUUCAGAUUUCCAUUGCCUAUAUUGUCUCAUUUGUUCCUUUCCAACAAUCUCCUCAGCGGUACAAUUCCAUCUUCCAUAUGCCAAGACGAUGAAUUAUACGUCAUAGAUCUCUCAAACAAUCAGUUGUCAGGAGAACUUCCAACAUGCUGGGCUAAUUUGCAGAUUCUAACAGCAUUAACUCUGGCAAACAACAAUUUUUCCGGAGAAAUUCCAUCCUCAAUUGGCAGUCUAAAGGCACUGGGAACUCUACAUUUGGGAGGUAAUCAUUUCAAGGGAGAGUUACCUACAGCAUUACAAAAUUGCACUACUUUGGUGACUCUUGAUCUUGGCGGAAAUGAAAUCUCCGGGUCGAUACCAGCUUGGCUUGGCGAAUUGCUUCCUUUGCUAAGGAUACUUCGACUUAGAUCGAAUUUCUUUAAUGGCAAUAUUCCUUCACAACUAUCUCGUCUCGGUUCUCUGCAGAUAUUGGACCUUGCUGAUAACAAUCUGUCAGGAACAAUACCACCAAGUUUUGGUAAUAUCACUGCAAUGGCCCAAACACACAAGCCGAACGAACGCAUGCUGGACGAUAUGCAGGGUAACGUGCGAUCUAGUUUGUAUAACUAUGGUCCCUCUGGAUACACUGAGAGCUUGCUAGUGGUCAUGAAAGGAAAGGAGAGACAGUACAGUCAAAAUCUACAAUAUGUGGCAAGCAUAGACCUUUCCGACAAUCAGUUAACCGGACAUUUUCCACAAGAAUUGGGCGAUCUCGUUGGAUUGCAGAAUUUAAAUUUGUCUAGCAACCAUUUGACAGGAAAAAUUCCAGAUGAGAUCGGCAAGUUGAAGCUGUUGGAGUCUCUUGAUUUAUCGAUGAACGGCUUUUCAGGUUCAAUACCGACAGCUAUGUCUGUUUUGACUUUGUUGAGUUACUUGAAUCUAUCGUAUAACAAUUUCUCUGGAAGAAUACCUUCAGGAUACCAGCUACAAACACUUGAUUAUACUUCUUACUUGGGGAAUCCCGGUCUCUGUGGAGCUCCUCUGAAUUCAUGCCGAAACAAUGAAACAAUUUUCAUCAUAAUUCCGGCUUGUGCUGAUGGAGAUGAUGAAUGUGAAUCAGUAAAGCUCGGGUUGUACCUCGGCAUUGCCAUUGGAUUUGUCACUGGAUUUUGGGCAAUCUGGGGUGUUCUGUUGCUCACUGAUACACUAAGUGAAGCUUAUUUUGAGUUCAUUGAUAAGCUGAUAGAUAAGUUUCAUUGUGCAAGAAAGAUGCGCAGAUACGACGAGAAGGAUGAUGAGGAGGAAACUUACUGAGCUACUGAAAAAUUUGCAAGUAUACUUAGAACUUCUGGUUCAUGUACAUAAAUCAAUGGCAACUACAUGUCUACACAUUUUGCAUCAGACCUUAAUAGCUCAU